AUUGGUGGAACGUAAGCAAAAGCAGUCCGAGGUCUUAGUGCAAGGCAGAGAUGGCGACUGUGUUCCGGCUGCUGGGUCGGAGGGUGUCUAGUUGGAGACUGCGGCCAUCACCGGCUCCCUUCGCUGUCCCGCAGCGGUCCCACUCGAUAUUGCCUGUGGACGAUGAUAUCAAUGGGUUAAACGAGGAGCAGAAGCAGCUUCGUCAGACUAUAUCUAAGUUCCUCCAGGAGAAUCUGGCCCCCAAGGCUCACGAGAUUGAUCAAGCCAACGAGUUCAAGAACCUGAGAGAGUUCUGGAAGCAACUGGGGAGCCUGGGAGUCCUGGGCAUCACAGCGCCCCCCCAGUUUGGUGGCUCUGGCCUGGGCUACCUAGAACACGUGCUGGUGAUGGAAGAGAUAUCACGGGCUUCUGGAGCAGUGGGACUCAGCUAUGGCGCCCACUCCAACCUCUGUGUUAACCAGAUCGUUCGCAAUGGAAGUGAGGCGCAGAAAGAGAAAUACCUGCCGAAGCUCAUCAGUGGUGAAUUCAUCGGAGCCUUGGCCAUGAGUGAGCCCAAUGCUGGCUCUGAUGUUGUCUCCAUGAGGCUAAAAGCAGAAAAGAAAGGAGACUACUACCUUCUGAACGGCAGCAAGUUCUGGAUCACCAAUGGCCCCGACGCGGAUGUCCUGGUUGUCUAUGCCAAGACAGAUUUGACUGCUGUACCCGCUUCUCGAGGCAUCACAGCCUUCGUCGUGGAGAAGGGUAUGCCUGGGUUUAGUACCUCCAAGAAGCUUGACAAACUGGGCAUGAGGGGCUCCAACACCUGUGAGCUAAUCUUUGAAGACUGCAAGGUUCCUGCUGCCAACAUCCUGAGCCAAGAGGGCAAGGGUGUCUACGUAUUGAUGAGUGGGCUGGACCUAGAACGCCUGGUGCUGGCAGGUGGGCCCCUUGGGAUCAUGCAGGCUGUCCUGGACCACACCAUCCCCUAUUUGCAUGUGAGAGAAGCCUUUGGCCAGAAGAUUGGCCAAUUCCAGCUGAUGCAGGGAAAGAUGGCUGACAUGUACACCCGACUCAUGGCAUGUCGACAGUAUGUCUACAAUGUCGCCAAGGCCUGUGAUGAGGGCCACGUCACUGCCAAGGACUGUGCUGGUGUGAUUUUGUAUGCAGCUGAGUGCGCCACGCAGGUUGCCCUGGAUGGCAUUCAGUGUUUAGGUGGGAAUGGCUACAUCAAUGACUUUCCCAUGGGCCGAUUUCUUCGAGAUGCCAAACUGUAUGAGAUCGGAGCCGGCACCAGCGAGGUGAGACGGCUGGUCAUCGGUAGAGCUUUCAACGCAGAUUUCUGCUAGCCUCUGCUAGCCUCACAGCCCAUCACCCCCUGGUUCUGGCACCAAGAGGCCUUUCUUUGGAAGCUGAGGCAUGGCAGCCCUCUCGCCUGUGUAAGGAAGCUCUGCUGCCCAACUUCCCUUCUCAUGCCAGCCCAUGACUCUGUUGUGAGGUGGGAUUCUCCAGCCUGCCACCCAGUCAGGAAAGCUUAAAACGACUGCAAAAAGGCUUUUCUGGGGGCUUCUAGGGAGGGCUUCAGUGACUGUGCCCUUACUUCUAAAUUUGAUAUUCUCACCCUCUGGCAUGGCACCUGAGGACACACAGGUACCCAACUCCUGUUUUUGGGCAAGCUGCUGGCAGAGAGCCCUCCCUGCUCAAGUGUAACGGAAACAUGGCCUCUUUCCAUUUUCUUAUACUUAGUGAUCUUCCCCAACACACGCA